ACGUCAUCAGUACGUCAAGUAUCCAUUGACGAUAGACGUCAGUAUCUAUUGACGAUAGAUAUCAAACAUAUAAAUGUCAUAGAUUUUUCUGCUGCAGAAUAUGGAUGAAAAUAUAGAUGAUAGAAAUUUUCACUUGCUUCAAAAUGAAUCGCUUACGACAAACCAAGAUAAGUCCCAGUAUGAGAGUUGUGGUGAUGUUAUGGACGCACCAAUUAUGGAUAUGUAUAUGUAUUUGAAUGAACCUGGAAAUGCAUGUUACCCAGUUGACGCGACAGUAGCUCAUCCUGGAAAGAAGAAAAAGAAGACUGAAAAACAAAAAGAAAGAGUUAGGCAGUAUAACAAAAAGAUGCGUAAAUAUAGAAAUAAAAGAAAAAGAGAAAAGUUAAAGAACGAAACAGACACGAAUGAAAAUGCUGAUGUUGCAGUAUGUUCUACACAUAUAGUUGAAACUGGAACAACACCUGAUGCAUCACAAAUAUGUUCCUCUGUUAAUUCACCUUUGACUGAAAUAGGAGAAUUAUAUACGGACUCUGAUAUUUCCCAGCACAUUUCUACAUCAAACGGUGGGGAUGUUCCUACACUUCGGGCUGAUGCCAAACCUUUUGUUCCAUCGGCAGCUUCACCUAUACCAUCCGAACCAGGUUCAGAAUUAAGAGCAACAGCGGAAUCAUUUGUACCCGCUGCAGAAAGGAAACCGGAAAUAGUGCCUACUGCUGACAUUCAUGUGGUGGCUGCACCAAAAUCGCUAAAUGUUUCCGUGUCAACGGGGCAGGCUUCCUCGUCAGAAUCCAUUACAAGUAUAUUAUCAACCGUAGGAGAUGCGCCACACGAAGUAUUUUCUGUACCCGAUACAUCUGUCGAUGCUGCAAUACCGGAACCAGUAUCUGCAAUGCGGGCUUCCUCGAACAUUAAUGUGCUUUCUGAUGCAACAUCUACAGACGCCAAUGAGCCGGCAAAAGAACUAGGUGAUACAAUUGAGCUGGACGAGACUAGAUUACCACAAAUUAGAUGUAACAACAUUGAGAACGAGGCGGGCAUGCCUGGAAUUUUGGGAAUUUACGCCGACAGCAGUCUUCACUGUGUCAUUGACAAAAAUGUGGUUACUAGGAAAAUGACAACAAAGGAAGAUUUCGGAUAUAUGUAUUUCUCUUUGUCAAAGUUUUAAAAUGAAUUUGUUUGAUUUAUAUAAAUAAAGGUUACAUAAAAGCAAAACGA